UCCCAUAUUCGCUUCUCGUAUUCCCAUUCCCAUUCGCAUUCGCAAUCCCAAUUCCCAAUUCUCGUCACACGAGUUAGCAGCACAUCGCACAGCUGCAACGCUCAGCUCCGCUCCGAUCCUUUUUCUUUUUUGUUGUGCUUUCUGUGGCGUGCUCAUUUGGAGAACAGAGUUACCCCCUUUUCAUUUGUCGGUUGUCAACGACGCCCCUGCAGGCAGAAAGCAGAAGCAGAGACUGAAACAGCAGAGGAAGAAGAAGAAGAAGCACAGCACGGGCACAGCACGAAGCACACAGCACAAGCACAGAGGCGAAGCGAAGCAAAGCAGAGGCAACACAGAAAAACAGCAAAGCAUUGGAGUAGUUGUUUGGAUGUGGACGGAAAGGAAGACUGGCGGCGACUAACUAAAAGGUAUUUGUUGUUCACCCACUCAUCUGUGUGCGUGCAGUGUGCUAGUGAAAAGCUGUUCUCAGCGUUUGCCAAAAAGACAAGAGCAGUACAUUGACAGGAGCAGCUCGGAACGGACAGGAUAAAGCAGGAGAUUAAACCGUCAGCAAUAGAUUGAUUUGGCGUACAUAUAGUAGCUUACACCUAAGUAAAUAUAUAUAUAUUUAUAUAUAUAUAUAUAUAUAUAUAUAUAUAUAUAGCCAGUCAGCCAGCCGGGCACUUGCGGAUCAGCCAACGUCCUGGGCCCCAAGAAGAUAGAUCCCACGAUAAGGAGAUACACCGAUAGCACCAAUCAUUAGCAGGCGACAACGACAAAUCCGCACCCGCAGAAGAUGUCCAACGGCAAGGCGACGGUCUCGUUCUUCGAGAACGGGAGCACCACACAGUUCGAGUAUUGCUACCAGCUCUAUCCCCAGGUUCUUAAGCUAAAGGCUGAGAAGCGCUGCAAGAAGCCGCAGGAGCUGAUCCGCUUGGAUCAGUGGUAUCAGAAUGAAUUGCCCAAAUUGAUAAAGGCACGCGGCAAGGAUGCGCAUAUGGUAUACGAUGAACUCGUCCAGUCGAUGAAAUGGAAGCAGUCGCGCGGCAAAUUCUAUCCGCAGCUAUCCUACCUGGUCAAGGUCAACACACCGCGCGCCGUCAUCCAGGAGACGAAGAAGGCCUUCCGCAAGCUGCCCAAUCUAGAGCAGGCGAUCACAGCUUUAUCGAACCUCAAGGGCGUCGGCACCACAAUGGCCAGUGCACUGCUGGCGGCCGCCGCUCCCGAUUCGGCACCAUUCAUGGCCGACGAGUGCCUGAUGGCCAUACCAGAGAUCGAGGGCAUCGAUUACACCACCAAGGAGUACCUCAACUUCGUCAAUCACAUCCAGUCCACCGUGGAGCGCCUCAAUGCGGAGGUGGGCGGGGAUACGCCGCACUGGUCGCCGCAUCGCGUGGAGCUGGCCCUCUGGUCUCACUAUGUGGCCAACGAUCUCAGUCCCGAGAUGCUCGACGAUAUGCCGCCGCCGGGUUCCGGCGCCUCCGCCACUGGCACCGGUUCACUCAGCACAAACGGCAGCAGCAGCAAGGUGCUUGAUGGCGACGAUACCAACGACGGUGUGGGUGUUGAUUUGGACGACGAAAGCCAGGGAGCAGGCGGUCGCAACACUGCUACAGAAUCGGAGACAGAGAACGAGAACACCAACCCGGCUGCUCUGACGCCUCUACAGUCGGGCGAAGCCAAGAACAACGCAGCUGCCGUAGGCGCCGCCCUGCAGGACGGUGACUCAAACUUUGUGUCGAACGAUUCCACCUCCCAGGAGCCGAUCAUCGAUGACAACGAUGGCACCACACAGACAACGGCCACCACCUCCACAGAGGACGGCGAGCCCAUAGCCCUGGGCAUUGGCAUCGGCAUCGGCUUGGGUGGCACACCGCUCGCCUCGGACUCCGAAAGUAAUCAGGAGGCGCCGCCCAAGACCAACAGCCUGACCAUCCUGACUCCGACACAGCACUCGACCCAGAAUCAGACGCAGGCGCCGAGCCAGCCCCACAAAACUAAUAAUUCGAUCACCAACAACGGUCAGGCGGCUCCAUCGGCAGAAGAGGAAGCGGUUACAGCAGAACCGCAGCCAGCCAGCAAAGCGACUGCAGCACCAGCCAAUGGAAACGGAAACGGGAACGGCGUCCUGGGCGACGAGGAUGAGGAUGAGGCGGAGGACGAGGAGGAAGAUGAGCUGGACGAGGAGGAGGAUAAUGAGGCGGAGCUAGAGGCUGACGAGAGCAAUAGCAGCAACGGCAUUGUGAGGGACAGUAAACUGCAGCAGCUGGCGGCGAAGAAGGUGGCGGAUGCGGUUUCGCCGGUAGCGUCAGCGGGUGCAGAUUCGGCGCCAGCUAUUGGCCAGAAGCGUACGGCCCUGCACUGCGAUAUGGAGCUGAAUAACACCGGCGGAGUUGGUGUGAGCGUGGGGGAGAAGUCACCGGAGCUAAAGAAACUGCGCAGCGAAUGAGGCGGAGGUGAGGAUACGAAAUACGGAUACGGAUGCGGAUCAGAAACGGGGAUCGGUUCGGUUCGGUUCGGUUCGGCUCGUCUCGGCACGGUUCGGUUCGUUUCGCCGCGUAUCUGGUGGAAAGACAUAUGUAUGUAGUGCAGUUGAGUCGACAUAGAGACAUAGAGCAACAUUACCUACACUUUACCACAACAACAUUCAAGAAAUUCUACUAUUAAGCAACUAAUUAUACAUACAUAUAAUAUAUUAUAUAUAUAUACAACAUAUAACGAGAAGCGAACACCCAACACACUCCACUCUCAUACACAAAACACGACACCACACAUACACACACAAUCCGACAUAUAACAUAAACAUAACCGAUCAGAUCAGAGCGGAAUAUAAGAUCCCGAUCCAGAAGGCAGUAAGCAGUACCACAAACAACAUUUCAAUAGCAUAGGAAGCGCGCCAAGAUGAAGAAUCUGAAGAAUCCGAUCAAGAAUCCGAAGAACAAACAGCAGAAGCAGCAGCAGCAAAUGGGAGUUCAGAAUGCAGCGUUAACGUAAUAUAACUGAAACGAAAAGCAAAUGCAUACAUGAAUAGUAACUACAAAACAAGAUCAGAUGGAAAUCGAUAUUUUUACACAGUCAAAAGGAACAUUUAAAUAUAAAGAAAUUUACAAAUGCCGCAGUUGCCCACUACAUACAAAAAACAAAAAAAAAAAAUGAGAAAAUAAAAAACGAAACAAAACAAAAUGAUUAAGAUGGAAACAACAAUAAUUAUAAUAAAACAGAAACGUAAUUUAUAUACAUAGGUAUUUAAAUUUAAUAAUAAAUCAAAACUUGUCGCAUAAACCAAGCCCCACCACCACCUCCACCCCCUCGACCUACGACCCGCAGCUACUCGCGCUCUCUCUAUCUCUCUCACUCAAAAAACACGCCGCACACACAAUACACCCCCUUUUCACACACACACCAACCCACACACACACACACAUAACACAAACACUCGGAAGAAAAAAAACAAAACAAAACUCAUUUCAACACUAAGAAAUUUUUGUGGUCGUAAUUAUAAUAAUAUAAUUUAUAUUUUAUGUGUACAACUUUUUUUUUAACUUUACAUAUACUGAAUUUUUUAUAAUUUAUACGAUAAUCACUUUUCAUUUGAUUUCCACAAAAAAAAAAAAGAAGAAACAAAAGCAUAAGAAGCCCGCAUCUUGAUUGCACCCGGCGCAGGUCGUCCGAUCUCCGGGUGGUCUGGGUUGCCGGUAACGGGUGGUUCCCCCGCUAUCCACGACCCAUACAACUCGCAGAUCGGUCGGAACUUUGAAAAUAACAACACAUCUGAAAAUUAUAA